AUGUCUGACAGUAUCACCAACCCAGAAAAUUCUGAAAUCCAAACCAACUAUGACAAGAUCAUCCACAAGUUCGAUGAAUUAGAGUUGAAGAAAGAUUUGUUGAGAGGUAUUUACGGUUACGGUUUCGUUGACCCUUCUGCUAUCCAACAACGUGCCAUUUUGCCAAUUAUUGAAAACCACGAUGUUUUGGCUCAAGCUCAAUCCGGUACUGGUAAGACUGGUACCUUUUCUAUUGCUGCUUUGCAAAGAAUUGAUGAAACCUUGAAGGCCCCACAGGCUUUAAUCUUGGCUCCAACCAGAGAAUUGGCUUUACAAAUCCAAAAGGUUGUUAUGGCUUUAGCUUUACACAUGGACGUCAAGGUACACGCUUGUAUCGGUGGUACUGACCCAAGAGAAGAUGCUGAGGCUUUGAGAGCUGGUGCUCAAAUUGUUGUCGGUACUCCAGGUCGUGUUUUUGAUAUGAUUGAGAGAAGGAACUUCAAGACUGACCACGUCAAGAUGUUUAUUUUGGAUGAAGCAGAUGAGAUGUUGUCAUCCGGUUUCAAGGAACAAAUCUACAAGAUCUUCACUAUGUUGCCUCCAACUACCCAAGUUGUCUUGCUUUCCGCCACUAUGCCAAAGGAAGUUUUGGAUGUCACUGACAAGUUCAUGGACAAGCCAGUUAGAAUCUUGGUCAAGAAGGAUGCUUUGACUUUGGAAGGUAUCCAACAAUAUUUCAUUAACGUAGAGAAGGAAGACUACAAGUACGACUGUCUAUCUGACUUGUAUGACUCUAUUUCCGUCACCCAAGCCGUUAUCUUCUGUAACACCAGAAGAAAGGUCGAAGAACUAACCAAGAGAUUGACGGACGACGAUUUCACCGUCUCUGCCAUCUACUCCGACUUACCACAAGCUCAAAGAGACACUAUCAUGAAGGAGUUCAGAACCGGUUCUUCCAGAAUCUUGAUCUCCACCGAUUUGUUGGCCAGAGGUAUCGAUGUUCAACAAGUUUCCCUUGUUAUCAACUACGACUUGCCAAACAACAAGGAAAACUACAUUCACAGAAUUGGUAGAGGUGGUCGUUUUGGUAGAAAGGGUGUUGCUAUCAACUUAGUCACUGAAAGAGAUGUUGGUGACAUGAGAGAGUUGGAGAGAUUUUACUCUACUCAAAUUGAAGAAUUGCCAGCCAACAUUGCUGACUUAUUUGAUUAA